CUACGCGAACAACAGCAGGCGCCAACGAUGUGAGGGAAGCACGACAGCCCUUGCCAUGCCUGGCCCGAUAGAAGAGCGCCCUAGACGUUGGUGAUCCAAAUCGCCAACAGCUGAGACCUUUGGUAUUCAUUUGCCAUUGUUACCGUGCAAAGUCCCUUCAAAUCACUACACCGCACUGCUUUGCGUUCGGAUUCAUAGUUUACUGCCAGCGAGCAGCCAGAAACAUGAUGCAGCUCAUCUACAAUACCCUCACCUUAACCACUCUUGCAUUCGCCCUUCCAUCACAAGAGCAGCGGGAAUUGAUCCACACUCGAGAGAUCGGCGCAAACGGAGCCUUGAUGGCAGCGGCUCAGUGUGACAUCGGCCAGCACUACUGCUUCGGCGCGAUUAUCGACGACCUCAAAGUAGCUAAGCAAGACAUCCUACACCAGUAUUGCGACCAGAAGUAUAAGAACGACUGGCAGAGCUGCAAUACGUGCAAGAGGCCGUGGGCGAUGCCAGACUGCUGGGACGGCCAGGGCGCGUGGUUGAGUGUGUUCGAGUGUACCGGACCUGAGACGUACAAAUGGGUGGGGAGAUGCGAGGGUGAGGGAUCGAUAUGCUCAGGAGGCACUUGUCGCAAGACGGAGGUUGACGCAGCUGGGCGGUUGGCUCUGAUCGAAAGCUUCAGUCCCUCAGGAUUGUGAGGCUUGAUUUUAAAGCUGUUACUAUGGUUAAUUUUAAUUCUUGGAUGUUCAAGCUGCCG